AUCGCUGACAUUAACGAGUUCAUUAUUAUUCUGAGGAAAAAGAAGUUGCCGAAAUUUUGUUUCUUCUAUUGAGGGAAUCUUCGAGAAAAUCUCAGUUUUGCUGGUCUCCAUCUCUCUCCCUCUCUACCACUCUCUUCAUGUGUAUGAUUGAAGUGAUUAUUAUGCUUUAAAUUUUGGAUUUGCAAGUUGAUUGGAGCGAAGCAUCACUUUUCCCAUUGCAGGAGGUUGAAUAGUGGUGUAGAGGUUAAAAGAUGGCUACGUUUGCGGAUAUAGGAGUUGCAGCUGGAUUGAACAUUCUCUUUGCUGUGGCUUUCCUAGUUGCGUUUGCUAUCCUACGCCUUCAGCCAAUUAAUGACAGGGUAUAUUUCCCAAAAUGGUAUCUCUUGGGUUUGAGAAGCUGUCCUAUGGAGCAAGGCUCCUUUGUGACCAAAUUUGUAAAUUUGGACUGGAGAUCAUACAUUAGGUUUCUGAAUUGGGUGCCAGAUGCACUAAGAAUGCCAGAACCGGAGCUUAUUGAUCAUGCAGGGCUGGACUCAGCCGUCUAUUUGCGGAUAUACUUGCUGGGACUUAAGAUUUUUGUACCUGUUGCUUUACUUUCAUGGACCAUCCUUGUGCCAGUUAACUGGACAAACAACACUCUGGCAAAUGCUGGAGCAAGUGAGAAGCUACAGUACAGUAACAUUGACAAACUUUCUAUUUCUAAUGUUCCAUAUGGAUCACCAAGGUUUUGGACUCAUAUAGUGAUGGCCUAUGCAUUCACUUUCUGGACUUGCUUUAGUUUACGGAAUGAAUAUGCAAAAGUUGCGGAAAUGCGUUUACACUUUCUUGCUUCUCAAAGGCGCCGUCCUGAUCAGUUCACUGUUCUUGUCAGAAAUGUGCCCCCAGAUCAAGAUGAAUCAGUGAGUGAAGCAGUGGAGCAUUUUUUCUUGGUCAACCAACCAGAUCAUUAUCAAACUCAUCAGGUUGUAAUCAAUGCCAAUAAACUUGCAAAACUGGUAAAGGAGAAAAAAAGUAAGAAAAAUUGGCUCGACUAUUACCAGUUAAAAUUCGCAAGAAAGCAAACAAGGCCAAUGACAAAGACUGGCUUUCUUGGUCUAUGGGGAGAAAAAGUUGAUGCCAUUGAUCAUCAGAUAGCUGAAAUUGACAGGCUAUCGACUGAAAUAGCGGCAGAGCGGAAGAGGGUAAAAACUGAUCCUAAGAGCAUCAUGCCAGCGGCCUUUGUUUCCUUUAAAACUAGGUGGGGUGCCGCUGUUUGUGCUCAAACACAACAAUCCAGAAAUCCAACUCUGUGGUUAACGGAUUGGGCUUCGGAACCACGUGAUGUCUACUGGGAUAAUCUUGCUAUCCCCUAUGUUUCACUGACUAUUAGGAAGCUUAUCGUCAAUGUUGCUUUCUUCUUCCUUACAUUCUUCUUCGUGAUCCCCGUGACUUUUGUUCAAUCUCUUGCAAAUAUAGAGGGUAUCGAAAGAAGAGCACCAUUUCUCAAGCCGAUAAUUGAAACACACUUUAUCAAGUCUGUAAUACAAGGAGUUUUACCUGGUAUUGCUUUAAAGAUUUUCCUCCUAGUUCUACCAACAAUACUGAUUAUGAUUGCAAAAUUGGAGGGUUUGCUGUCAAUAUCAGCUCUGGAGAGGAGCUCUGCCUUCCGAUAUUAUAUCUUCAACUUCAUCAACGUCUUCCUUGUGAGUGUAAUAGCUGGAACUGCAUUUGAGCAACUUGAUACUUUUAUUCACGAGUCGGCAAAUGACAUAACUAGAAUAAUUGGUGUGGCAAUCCCUAUGAAAGCAACAUUUUUCAUUACUUACGUAAUGGUGGAUGGAUGGGCCGGUGUUGCCGGAGAAAUCCUCAGACUGACACCCCUGAUAAUGUUCCACCUCAAAAAUUUCCUCCUGGUGAAGACUGAAAAGGAUAGAGAAGAGGCAAUGGAUCCGGGAAGCAUCGCAUUUCAUAUGUCUGAACCUCGGUUACAGUUAUAUUUUCUUUUGGGUCUUGUCUAUGCCGUGGUCACCCCAAUUUUCCUUCCUUUCAUAUUGGUUUUCUUUGUCUUCGCUUAUCUCAUAUUUCGACAUCAGAUCAUAAACGUUUACAACCAAAAAUACGAAAGUGCUGCGUCGUUUUGGCCGGAUGUCCACGCCCGUAUAAUCUAUUCAUUGGUGUUAUCUCAGAUUAUGCUUAUAGGAUUAAUGAGCACCAAAGGGAAUCCCCAGUUUGCUCCAAUCCUCAUCGCUCUCGUAGUGAUGACCAUUUGGUUCCAUUUGUUCUGCAAAGGCCGUUAUGAACCUGCUUUUGUUAGAUAUCCUUUGCAGGAAGCGAUGAUGAAAGACACGCUGGAACGUGCAAGAGAGCCGAACCUGGAUCUGAAGAGCUACCUCCAGAGCGCCUAUAUCCAUCCGGUGUUUAAAAAUGAAGAUGAGGAAGAAGAUGGAGUAGAAGAUAUUGAUGAGAAAAUACACGAGAGUUUACUUGUAGCGACAACGCGAUCACGGAGAAAUACACCUGCUCCGAGUAAAUAUAGCGGUGGAUCCUCACCCUCACUUCCAGAGUCUGUUGGCUCUCAACGAUGAGACUGGCCCCCCUCCUCUGUGUUAAUAUUGUGAUUACGUGAAGUUGUAAAUUGAAUGAGAUAAAUUUUGGUGUUGUAUACAAAUCAAUAUUCAAACCA